UGGAGCCCAGUAGAAGUUACAAGUCGCAAGUGAAGUGAAGAUAACGAACCGAAAAUAGGUCAUUCUAAACAUAGAUAAAGUAUAGUAGCUAUAGGUGGCGCAAGCUACAUGAUAGGGUCAAAGAAAUACUACGAAGAGGCGCUGCUACAGCAGUUACUGAAAGAGUUUCUAAAGCAUCCGUCGGUAAUGAAGAACCCGGUGUCGUCACCGGAGGCUCUCUCGUACAGACGACUUCAUCUCGGUCGAUCGAAGCUUCGUGCAUCGCACAGCACGUCUGCUCUUCUUUCCGGCUUUGCCUUGAUCGCGAUGAUCGAGCUGAACCUCGACUCGUCGGGCGACCACGGCGUUCCGAACGGCCUCCUGCUCGCGUUCGGCGUCUGCACGACGCUCGUCGUCGUCGUCCACCUGAUGGCGCUCAUGAUCAGCACCUGCUUGCUGCCGCACAUCGAAGCCGUCACGCACCUCGGCGUCGCCGGCGCGAAGGAGUCGCCGCACGACAAGUUCCGCUACUACAUCGACCUCGCGUGGAUGUUCUCGACGGGGCUCGGCAUCCUGCUGUUCCUCGCCGAGAUCGGCCUCGUCGCGUGGGUGCGCUUCUACAACACGAGCCGCGUGACCGCGAUCGUGUGCACGGCGAUCCUCGUGCCCACCGUGCUCGUGUUCGUCACGUUCGCGCUGUUCUUCUACCGCCGCCUGACGAGCCACCACCUCGAGCGCAUCGAUCGCGAGAUCGAGAAUCUCGACGAGGAAGCCCAGGACCUGCAGGCGCAGCGCGGCAUGGCGUGGCCGACGUCCGUCAGCGUCGGCGGCAUCGGCAUCGACCCGCACCUCGGGGGCCUCAGCAUGAACGCCGCCUGCUCGGAGAGCGUGUGAGACGCUGCGGGCGGGGAGAGAGCGUGUGAGACGCGGUAGGGCCGAGAGCGUGUGAGACGCGAUAGAGCCGAGAGCGUGUGAGACGCGGUAGGGCCGAGUGUGUGAGACGCGGUAGAGCCGAGAGCGUGUGAGACGUGGUAGGGCCGAGAGAGAGCGUGUGAGACGCGAUAGAGCCGAGAGCAUGUGAGACGCGGUAGAGCCGAGAGCGUGUGAGACGCGGUAGGGCCGAGCGAGUGAGACGCGGCGGGCAGGGAGAGAGUGUGAGACACGCU